AUGGCAUACUCUGCAAAGCCUUCUCACCUUCUUCUCUUUGUUUUCUUUCUCUCAUCACUUGAAUCCAUUCUAACAACACGAGAGGGAGAAGCUCUUGUGAAGUGGAAGAAUAGCCUAGCCCCGUCUUCUUUUCUCGACUCUUGGUCACUCACCAAUCUCGAUAAUCUUUGUAACUGGACUGGCAUUACUUGUAACUCUGCAGGUUCAGUUUCUGAGAUUAACCUCUGUGAGAAACAACUUGAUGGAAUGCUGUCCGAGUUCGGUUUCACUUCAUUUCCAAAUCUCAAGAAUCUCACCCUGGCAGACAACUUCUUCUCGGGUCCAAUACCACCAGCCAUUGAGAAUUUAACACAGCUUCAAUAUCUUGAUUUAAGCAUGAAUAGUCUUAAUGGUCCCAUUCCGUUCCAGGUUAGCCAUCUUCAGAGUUUGCUCAUAUUAAACCUGUCACAGAAUGCAUUGCAAGCUCCAAAUUGGUCCCAUUUCUCUCCCAUGCCUGUUUUGCGCUUCCUCAAGCUCAGUAGAAAUCCUCUUGUGUCGAAAUUCCCAAAUUUUAUAUCCAAUUCUCAUAGCCUGACUUAUCUCAACCUUUCACAUAACAAGUUUAGUGGUGAUCUUGUACGUGAAUCAGUAUUUAUACCAAUCUGCAUCAUCUUGAAGUCCUCAGUUUUUCACCGAAGAGUUGUGUGA